AUGCCCAUGAACCCAAUUCAAGAAGUAGAAGUAUUUGAUGUAUGGGGAAUCGACUUUAUGGGACCAUUUGUCAACUCAUACAACAACAAGUAUAUACUCGUAGCAGUGGACUAUGUCUCGAAAUGGGUAGAAGCUGUAGCACUCCCAACAAAUGAUGCAAAGGGAGUUAUUGGUUUUCUAAAAAAAAAUAUCUUCACCCGAUUUCGAACUCCAAGGGCGAUCAUCAGUGAUGGAGGAACUCACUUCUGCAAUCGAGCCUUCGCAAAGUUGCUGCAAAAAUAUAGCGUACGUCAUAAGGUUGCCACUCCGUAUCACCCACAAAUAAGUGGGCAAGUUGAGGUGUCAAACAGAGAAAUCAAGAGUGUUUUGACCAAAACUAUAAAUGCGACUUGGACUGAUAGGGCGAGAAAAUUGGAUGAUGCACUAUGGGCCUACCACACUGUAUUCAAAACUCCGAUUGGUAUGUCACCGUACAAAUUGAUGUUUGGGAAGGCGUGUCACUUACCAGUGGAACUAGAGCAUAGAGCUUUUUGGGCAUUAAGACAAUUAAAUCUUGACAUUGAGGCCGCUGGCACGAGUAGAGUCACAGAGCUUCAUGAACUUGAUGAACUCCGUUAUCAUGCUUUUGAAAGCACCAGGAUGUACAAGGAAAGGAUGAAUAUCAUGCAUGAUAAGCAUAUUCAAAAGAGUAUUUUCAAACCCGGAGAUGUCGUGUUGUUGUAUAAUUCAAGAUUGAAACUAUUUUCGGGUAAGCUAAAAUCUAGAUGGUCAGGACCAUUUAGAGUGGUGCAAGUACUCUCAAGUGGAUAUGCAGAAAUUGAAUCCGAGGAUGGAACGAACAGGUUUAGAGUCAAUGGGCAAAGGUUAAAACAUUACCUCGGCAUGGAGCACAAAAAAGUUGUAUCGGUAAUGGAGCACGAUGGAAAGUCAUGGCGCUUGGAGUUUUUCACAAAACGAAAUAAAAAUUACAUGGGUAUGCUCCAAAUAACGCUCGCAUUGCCAGGUAAUUACCUCGCGUUUAACCUCGCGUCGCAAGGGAUACAGCGAGCAAAACCUGGUGUUAAACCUCGCAUCGCAAAUGAUACAGCUCGCUAA